UCUGGCAGCGAAACGAUUGAAAAAGUGCUACGUCAUCGAGCCGGAUAUCCGGGUGCAACUGGCGCUUCCACAACGCUCUACAAUGUCGAGGACCGGGGCGACCCGAACGUUAGAUUGGGCGAAGCUGGAAGCAAUGCGGAACUGGAGCGCCAGUAUCUGAUCAAAUGGCUGGGAUGGUCACAUUUGCAUAACACAUGGGAAUCGGAGAAUAGCCUGAAAGCAUGCAACGCAAAAGGACUGAAAAAAAUUGACAAUUACAUGAAACGUUUAAGAGAAAUUGAAGAAUGGUAA